UUCCAUUACGUUUCAUUCCACCAAAACAUAUCAGUUGUCGUUGUCAAAACAUGAAAAAAAUCUUGUAGUUUUCACGAAUGAAGAUUCCUUCGUAUUAUUUAACAAAUUUUAGAACUCUCUUUCUGUUUUCCAACCAAAUCAAAUUGUUAACAUCUGAUCUAAAACAACUAAGCCUAGCCAGAAGCAUGUCCGAAUCGUUAAAAGCCGUACCAAAGGUGGACAUAGAUCCUUCCGGUGUAUUCAAAUACAUUUUGAUCAAAGUACAUGGUAAGGAACAAAACAAUCAAGAGCCUUCCAUCACAAUUGUAAGAGGCUACCAAAGGUGCAACUACCAUUCGGAUAUCUAUGAUGAGGUACAAGAAAAACUACAACCGCUAGAUUGUGAGCCUUUGGGAGGAGGCAGGAUAUCUCAUGAGCCUGAUAACAAGAAGAUUCAUAUUUAUGGCUACUCACAAGGCUAUGGCAAAGCCGAUCAUGAAGAAGCUGCUAAACUUAUCAAGGAUGCUUACCCUUCAUACACUAUUACAAUUAGUGAUGAAGGUUACUAGGGCAUGAUUUUGUAUUGUUUGUUAAGGUUUAUUUAAUAAAAUUAUCAGAAAUCUGAA